AUACUUUCCUUAACAUAUGUUUGCCUAAAUAAUAUUUAUGCAAAUCACCUCAUAAUUUCGAAAAUGAUUUCACAAAUCAGAUUAUUCAUUCUCUCUACCUCUUCUUUUGAAACUUCAAGAAAUGGCUGGAGAUGAUAGCAGCCAAGGAUCCCCUAAGAGCACUGAUGUAUUCAUAACCGACAAAAACAUUCGUAAAACAAAACAUCUAUCCAUUGAUACUAACGACAGCGUCCCACAAUCUCCUAGAAGCUCCGGCGGGUUCACAAACGCUAGCCGCUUCUCCGGCGGGUUCACAAACGCUAGCCGAUACUCCGUCGACUCUCAGAGACCGAAACCACCACCGGGAACAUAUCUCGUUCAAAUCCCCAAAGAACAGAUUUACCGUAUCCCUCCGCCGGAGAAUGCUCGCCGUUACGAGGAUCUCUCUCGCCGGAAGCCUAACCGAUCAGCUUGUCGCCGGUGUUGCUGCUAUUCCCUCGCUGCCUUACUCGUUCUUGUCACCCUGGCGGCGGCUCUUGUCGGGAUAUUCUUCCUCGUUUUCCGACCGCAUAAGCCGAUGUUCUCCGUGAGUGAAGUCUCCGUCGCCGGAAUCAAUCUGACGUCGUCAACGUCUCUGAUAUCUCCACUGAUCAAAAUCAAAGUGAGGUCUGAGAACGUUAACGAAAAACUCGGGUUAAUAUACGGCGGAGGAAGCGCGGCGGAGAUUUUCUACGACGGAGCCAAACUAGGUGACGGCGAGUUCACGGCGUUUUCUCAGCCGGCGGAAAAUGUAACGGUGACGGUCACGACGUUAAGGGGAUCAAGGAUCCAGUUAACGAGCUCGACGGUGGAAGAUUUGAAGGAAUCGGAGAAGAAAGGGAAAGUGCCGUUUGAUUUGAGGAUUAAAGUGCCGUUUAAGUUUAAAGUUAGCGCCGUGACCAUGUGGACGAUGGCCGUUACGGUGGACUGCAAAGUAACAGUGGACAAACUGACGUCAUCAGCAACUGUGAUGACGGAAAAUUGCGUUACAGAAGACAUCAUUCUCUUGUGAUU